UUGACAAAACGUAGUUAUGUCAUAACAUUUUAUUUUAUAUAUUUUUCUACAUAUAAUAUUUUCUCUAGUUAUAAUGAAAAUUUAGGGAGUCCAGGAAGACAUUAUGGAUCAGCUUAAAACCGACGUUCCAAAGUUGCCCAAUAUGGUUAUGUGCGGCGAUCACCCAUCGAUCACCAAGACGGAGCUGAACGCGAAGGAGCAAGCUGCCGAAGACAAGGAGAAAGAGUACGAAAAAGACAAAAGAUCACCCAUGUCCUACCCUCGGAUUUCUCCAACCACAUCUCGUGAUAAGCCCGCGGACACUGAACGCGCAAGUCUGCGAGCGACCUCCGAGCACGCAUUAAGAGCGCUUGCGAAACAACGUCGCUCCUUAGAAGCCGUGCAUAGACCUGAUGUGGCCGCCGUACAUGGCAAUAGGGAUCUAGUGCAAGCGGCACUGGGCAGCUUCCGCUGGCCGCCAUACUUGGUGUGCGUGUGGGUUGUAGUGCUGGUGCUCACACACGCGUUACAUUGCGUCGUCGGCAUGCUCGACAGGGCACUGCCCGCUUUGCGUCAAGUUUGCAAGUACUUCCGAGACUGGACAGAAGACAGCUGGAAACGUGAAGUUGAGAUAAACCAACGCAUUGUCCCGAUCGCACUGGGUUGUAUAACCGCUCUACUGUAUACUCUAUACUGUGCCUUGGUAGCUGUUCACGGCUUGGCUCUGUGGGCCGUGGAGCCUCUGUGUGGAGAUAUGGAGGAUAAGCCCAGCUCGGAGGAGAUACCUAGGGUUACCAACUACGUGGACAUAGUGGCCAGCAAGCCUUACGUUGGAAAGAGACAGUAGUAAGACUAAAUUAUUCCAAAUUAGCAGUGGCUUUGUUAACAUAACCUACAGAAUUAAAUUAUUGAAUUGUC